UCACGUGGUUCAGGCAGUCAGCUGAUGCUAACCAGCCGGACGGUUCUCCUGCUGCAGAGACGGAUCUGACGGUCAGACAGGAUGCCUUUCUCCGAGCUGUAUUUCAACGUCGAUAACGGCUACCUGGAGGGGCUGGUCAGAGGAUUUAAAGCUGGCAUAUUGUCCCAGGCGGAUUAUUUAAACCUGGUUCAGUGUGAGACCCUGGAAGAUCUGAAGCUCCACCUGCAGAGCACAGACUAUGGCAGCUUCCUCGCAAACGAGGCGUCUCCCCUCACCGUGUCCGUUAUCGACGACAAGCUGAAGGAGAAGAUGGUGGUGGAGUUCCGCCACAUGAGGAACCAGUCGUAUGAGCCUCUCGCCAGCUUUAUGGACUUCAUCACAUACAGCUACAUGAUUGAUAACGUCAUCCUGCUGAUCACGGGGACGCUCCACCAGCGGGCCAUCUCCGAGCUGGUCCCAAAGUGUCACCCGCUGGGCAGCUUCGAGCAGAUGGAGGCGGUCAACAUCGCCCAGACUCCUGCAGAGCUCUACAACGCCAUCCUGGUGGACACGCCCCUGGCUGCUUUCUUCCAGGACUGCAUAUCUGAACAAGACUUGGAUGAGAUGAACAUUGAAAUUAUCCGUAACACACUUUACAAGGCGUACCUUGAAGCUUUCUAUAAGUUUUGCUCCAACCUCGGAGGAACCACAGCUGAUACCAUGUGCCCUAUUCUGGAGUUCGAGGCCGACAGGAGAGCCUUCAUCAUCACCAUCAACUCCUUCGGCACGGAGCUGUCCAAAGAGGACCGUGCCAAGCUCUUCCCUCACUGUGGAAAGCUUUACCCAGAAGGCCUUGCUCAGCUGGCCCGGGCAGAUGAUUAUGAGCAGGUCAAGGCCGUCGCUGAUUUCUAUCCUGAGUACAAGCUGCUUUUCGAGGGAGCCGGCAGCAACCCAGGAGACAAAACUCUGGAGGACCGUUUCUUCGAGCAUGAG